AAUCAAAGGAAACUUUGAGGCCGUCUGUGUCUCAAUCUGAGACCUCUGCUUUCAGAGGAAAGUCCCCCUUCGCCAUCCCCUCUGGCCCCGCUCACGACUUUCCCAACAUGGACACCCCGACUUCCCUUCCAGCUCUCUCUUCUCCAUCCCACCUACUGAGCAGGCUCCGAGGUACAAGCCAUGACUCCGUUAGGAACUCCACCAGCACAGCCGUUCCUAACACAUCUCACCGCCCUGGAAACUGGGCUUUCCCUUCUGUAGCAGCGACCCCACAGGCCGACGCGGGCGCCUUUAAUUAUUCCUCUGCACCUGGAAACACAUCUUGGCCAGAGACUAGUCCCAAUUUUGACACAGGUUCACCUUUAACACAAGGCACUGUUCCAGCCUCUGCCACUCCUCUCCCUGCUACUGUGGGGGUCACUAGGUUCACUACCCCAACAACCAGCUCUAUGGCAAGAGCUUCUCUCAGGAAACCGUCCACAGCCAUACUCGCAACAGAAAGCACGAGUGGCCCAGCCACUGUUCCUUCUACCGAUUCCACGAACCUAACAACCACAAGGGGCUAUGACAGUGAAGGAAGGUUGGGGACAAGCCACCUGCCCACUGGAAGCACAUCUCCAUCUGAGACCUCUACAGAUGUCACCGUGGCCAAGGAACGUGUCCCAAUCCCAGUAUCUCCAUCUCAGUCCACGGGUGCUGGUGCCUCAAGCACUCCAGAGAAGAAAAGCCAGUUGGUGGGCACAUUUCCUGAUACCCCCUAUCGUUCGACCGCUGGAGGGAUUCCAGUUUCUGUAAGCCAACCGCUGCCUUCACAAACGGUUGCAGUUCGCUCAUUUCCUGAGCCUGGCUCUGCUCGAAGCAACUGGCUCAGCAGUUUGUCCUCACCUCCUGCUCCUGCUGCUCCUGCUGCCCCAGUUACAGUGACCCCCACAGUUCCAAACCAGAGCGUCCCCACAAGCAUGAUAAAGGAAGCAGAUGACCCACGGAAGUGGAACAAGCCCAGCUCACCUUCCAUCACUUCCCUGUCACUAAGUAAUACCCCCACAGGGGCUGAUAUAGGGGAAAGCACCACUGUUCCCCGCGGUCCUUUGUCUCCAGCCCCAUCGACGGAGUUGUCGGAAAGGAGAUUCCCUCCGCUCAGCACCUCCCCGGAAUCAACAAACAUAUCCAGCGUCAGCCUCAGGGCACACAGCACAGCUUUAGCUGGAUCUUCCCCACUCCCGACACCCCCCUUCGUGGAGACCACCACUCCUGUAUCAAUAGCGAAAAUGGAGACCAAGGAUGUUUCUCACUCUUCUGGGUCCCAAUCUGAGAUGUCGGUUCCCAGAGAGGCAAGCACCAGUGGUUCCUGGGCCUCCACCGCCACUCGCUACCCCCACGUUCCAAGUUCAGCUCGCCUCUCUUUAUCCCAUGCCAUACAGGAGCUCAGAACCACAGACAGGUCUCCAAGAACGGAGGCCACCAGUGCAGCUACUCACCCUGAAGGUUUGGAAACUCUAAAGAUACCCUAUCCCGCUAGCCCGGCCACGAUAGCAUGGACAAGCACAGACGCAGUUGAACACUCCACGCGAUCCCCAGACACAAGUCCUGCAUCUGAGACACAGUCAGCUCCAGCACCGGGCUCUGUAGACGUUUCCACCUCCUCCACCACUGGAAGCAGCACCUCAGAGCCGACCUCGGAUGCGCCGGGUGAAUCCUUGGCCCUCACUACCACUGCACACAACACAAUUACUUCUUGGCUGUGGGCGCUCACUACAUCUCCCACCACGGAAACACGGCUGAAUACCAGUUCAACAGAAGAGAUCGUCCCUGAUGUUUCAAGUCCAAGUUCAUCCAAGACAUUUGCUACUUUUCCACGUGUGUCCAUACCUCCUCACAAACUUUCCAAGCCAGGAGUAGAUACCAGUGCUCUCCAGAAUACAGAUUCAACUACUUUGGUCCAGCACCGAGAAGAAUUCAGAUUUUCGGGUACAGCUGAGGACUUAACUCCCCUUCCAGCCACUGCCUCCCAAGAUCUCACCGUAAGCCCCAAACCAAGUGCAUCCAUCUCGUUGAUUUAUUCAUCCUUAGACACGACGACCAUAGGUGUCACAACUAAACGCAGCACGGAUGUGCCUGAAUCUAGCUUUCCAGGCCUCUCCAGCACAGAAGCCAGGAAGAGUUCAUCUCCACUUCCUCCCUUGACUCCUCCUUCUACAGAGACCACAUCUCCUGCAGUGCUGACGACUUUGGUCCUAAAUCCUCACGCAUCCAGGAAAGGAUCCACGCCUUCACAGCCCGUCAGCUCCAUGUCUCCAGGUAAGACAAGCCCAUCUCCAGAGUGGUCCACAAAGGUUCAGAGCCUUGCUGCCACUGUUCGCUCUGUGGAAACCAGCCGGAGGCUCACACCGACAUCUGACCAUGGAAGAACCACAGUUGAUCCGGGAACCAACUUAGUUGCUAAGUGGAAUGCAUCUCUGCCUUUGACUCCAAACGCUGCUGGGGUCCCAGCUUCCUCAGAGACAGCCACUCCUGGAAGGCACAGUGGCCCCUGGUCAGAGUCAUCAGUGACCAUAAGGAGGGGUGGGCCAGGAUCCAUUUCUUCAGCCUCUUCUUCUGUGUCCCCUGAGAUGACCACUCCAUCAGUCACUUCCCCCACCAUGGGAGAAACCACGGGCUCUCCCUCAUUCUCCCCUAAUCCUGGAGGAGAGUUUCAGCACCACGGACAGUGCCCAGGCCUCAGGGUCUACGACCCCGGGGACUGUCCCAGACACAGCUGCCAACUUACACGUUACAGAUUUGCCCAAGGCCAGUUCUACAAGAAAGACACAUUCUUUCUCGGCAACAAUCACUGCACCCGGCUCUACCCAACAUCCUACCGCUUUCCCUGCAACCAGUCUGGACACCCCACUAACUGCUUCUUCAGCUAG